AUGUCUCCUGCUAUUAAAUUUAUUAAGCCAUUUAUUAAGCCAUUAUUUCUCCAGAAUAAACCCUCUUUAAGUUUAAAUACUCGAGCUAUUUCAAGGUUUUAUACUACAGUCCCUAAAGCCGAGAUAGCUUCAGUAGGAGAUGAUUCCCUUCAGGUCAAAUGGUCAAACCAACCAGAUACGUCUGCGUAUAGCUAUUUAUGGCUAAGAGAUAACUGCCCCUGUCAGCAAUGCCUUCAUCCUUCAAGUCUUCAAAAGCUUCAUUCCUCAGCAGAUAUUCCCUUGGAUAUUAAGCCAGUUCAAGUUAAAUCUAUUGGCGAAGAGGAACUCGAGAUUAUAUGGAAUCAACCUUUGAGGCAUGGUCAAAAAGAUGUUAACCACACUAGUCGUUUCCCAGUCGAAUUCUUACAGCGCUAUCAGUCAAAUAAAGCAAGUGAGAAGUUUAGAUUUAAUCAUAUUCAACCUCAAACUUGGAAUGCAAGCGAAUACAAUCUUGACUGGGUUACUUUCGAAGAUUAUAUGAACACGGAUAAAGGUCUUCAUACUAUCGUACAACGUUUAUACAAUAGAGGGCUUGCAUUUAUCAAGGAUGUUCCUUUAAAAGAUGAAGCCUGUACUCAAGUUGCUGAAAGAAUAGGUCCAAUCCAGGAAACAUUCUAUGGAAGAGAUUUUGAUGUCAAGAACGUAGCCAAGUCCAUCAAUAUAGCUUACACAAGUUUGUAUUUAGGUUUUCAUAUGGAUCUUAUGUAUUUAGAUAGCCCACCAGGAGUUCAGCUUUUACACAGCUUAAAGAAUACUGUCACUGGAGGUGCCUCUAUCUUUGUCGAUUCUUUCCGUGCUGUUGAAUUAUUGAAGCAAAAACACCCAGAAGACUAUGAAAUCCUUAGGAAUACUCCUAUUACCUUUCAUUAUAAUAAUAAUGGUCAUCAUAUGUAUUAUAAGAGACCUACUAUUGUAACAAAUGAACUUCAUAGUGGUCCUGCAUGGGAAACGCAUGUAAAUUAUGCUCCUCAAUUUCAAGGUCCCAUGGAUGAUCUAUCACCAUCUGAAGCAAAAAAAUUCUAUAGUGCUUUCCAAAGAUUUGCAGAUUUUAUUGAAGACGAUUCGUUACGCUUUCAGUUAACACUUCAACCAGGUCAACUUGUUUUGUUUGCUAAUAGACGCGUAUUACAUGGUCGUACCUCUUUUGAUCCUGCAAGUGGUGAUAGACAUCUUAAAGGAACUUAUUUGAAUUUAGAUUCUCUUAAAGAUAAACUUCGAGUGUUAAAUGCUCAAUAUGGUUUCAAUCCUCAAAUCUAA